AUGUGGGUGAUGGGAAAAUGUUGGACACCAUCUUAUUUCACCUUGUCUGUACUUAGGAACCUACAGAGGACUGUUGCAGAUAAAAUUCAGCUAAGAUACCUUACUGGAGAAUGGUUCUAUGAGACCAAGCAGCUUCGUCAUCAAGAGUGUGUCCAUGCCUCUGAGGUCCUCAGCGCCUCCAUGAGGCACACAUUUGACAGAACACUAACUGUAGAAGAGAUCUCUCACACACUGUCUGAAAAGUCCAGUUUUGUAACCAGUGAAAUAAAGGAAGCCUUUGACCUGCCUGCACUCUGCAGUGAAGAACCCAAGCUGCAGCUCAACACUGAUGGGUAUGAAAUUGAUCAUUUCUAUAAAUCCUUCAGUGACGCUCCAACAGUUGUAUUACCAACACGAAUGAAAGUAAGAAGAAAUCCAUUUAAUAGUGAACAGAUUUUUUGGGAAAACCAAAUCCAGUUAUUGGAUGAAGCAACAGAUCCGACCUUGUCCCAAAACCAGAAGACCACAUUACCACCUGAAAGCUGCAUUUUCAAUGUCAUUAACUCUAAGAUAAAUAGAGCUGACAGAGGAAUUAAUCUGAGUGUAUCCAGUCCAGUUCCAAAGAGUCCAAAUAAUCAAGUCAGCAUGAAAACACAGGACUGUUUUUUUAAUGGAGAUGGGUCAACUGGAAGAUGUACUGGGUUUCAUGAUCAACUGGUGCAAUCUGGGAACAUGUUGUCUGCCACUAACACAGAGUCCGUAUUGCAUCACCCAGGCCCACAAAGUCAAAUUAACCCAGCCACCAAAAAAUGGUCAGAGAGCAGCAGGUUGGAUUUAAGCUCUAUUCCUGAGAGUGUUUUGGAAAGGAAGGAUGGGAAAUAUCUUGAAGAAAAAAACCUACCAGACAUUAAACACCCUGGAGCAGAAUGUCCAAAUGACCUUAAGUGUAAUACUGAUGGUAGCUCAUGCAGCUUUUUGUUCCAACAAAGCCAAGUAGAUUUACAGGAGGAAGAACUCAAAGGCACAUCGAAGCCCAAUCUUCUGGAGCAUGAAGCUGAUCAACACCCAGUCUUUAGUGUUGUAUCAGAGCAAUCCUCUCCACAGCCACGAGUUACAGUCCUGCCCACGUUUGUUUUGACUGCAUAUGACCCAGAUAAACCUGUUCAAAAGCACAUAAAGUCUGGAGAGGAUUUUCACUGCAGCUCUGAAGCCAGAGACUGGACACCCAGGCACAACGUUUACUCUUUUGAGACGUCCUCACAAAGCUGUGCUGAAAACCCUAUCACAUCAGCACAGGCACGAUUAUCCUCAAGAAUCAUAUCUUCAUCUAAGAGUUUGGAAAAUUUCACCUCAGAAACAAUUCAGGUUUUUUCCGACUCCACUACCAUGAAAAGCAGUUUUUCUGUGCUCAGUCUUCAGCACCAAAAGACAGAUUAUGACAACCCACCAAGAAGCACCAUGGCUAACAGGAUGAUUGGCAGCAGUUCCAAUUCCAGUCUGUCCUCAGCAAUGGCCUCCAUGUCAUCUAUGAGCAGCACCAUAAGCACCAUUUACCCUUUACACAUGGAAGUUCAAGGAAGCAUUCAGUUUGCUGUGAACUACAUCCAAAAGAUUGAAGAAUUUCAGGUCUUUGUGGUAAAGUGCAGUGGAUUGGCUGUUACUGAAACCAAAAAGACUUAUGACUUGUACGUGAAGUGCUACCUUGUUCCUGAUAAUACACGAUUGGGCAAGAGAAAAACCACUGUUAAAAAGAAGACAUUUCAUCCAACAUACAAUGAAGUUCUCAAGUUUAAAAUCAGUCUCGAAGAGUUGAAAGAACAGAACUUGAACGUCUCAGUGUGGCACAAUGACCUUUUUGGGCGGAACAGCUUCCUGGGUGAUGUAGACUUGGAUUUUUCUGAAUGGGAUUUUGACAACACGGAGAUAAAUGAGUAUGCAUUAAAAGCCAAGGUCCCAGCAGAAAGAUUUGGACAGCUUCCAUCAAACCUAAAAGAAAAUGCUGGGAAGAUGAGAGUGGCCCUGAAAUUUGUGCCACAGACAAUCAAGGGUAAGGGAAAUAAAAGAGCAGAGGCUGGGGAGCUGCUAAUUUGGGUGAAAGACUGCAAGGAUCUUCCUCCAGUCAGAAGACUCAUUAUCAACCCCUUCUUAAAGUGCACUGUACUUCCGGACACAAGUCGGAAAAACCAACAGAAGACACGGGUGGUGAAAAGAACAGCCAAUCCUUUGUUCAACCAUACCAUGAUGUAUGACGGUUUCCGAUUGGAGGACCUUGGAGAGGCCUGUGCAGAGAUAACAGUAUGGGAUCAUAAUCAGCUGCAAAACCACUUCAUAGGUGGUGUAAGGCUUGGAUCCGGGACAGGAAAGAGUUAUGGAGUGGAAGUUGCUUGGAUGGAUUCAACAACAACUGAAGCAAAUUUAUGGCGCAGUAUGCUACAGUCAAAUGGAGAAUGGGUGGAAGAUAUUUUGCCUCUGAGGACGUUGAUGAUGGCAAAGAGCAUGCCGGCCUGAUGCAGUGUAAUGUGGGGGAGCAGUAGCAUAACACAAUUAUGUAUAAGUUAUGUGCAUGUUCAUUUUUUCUAUGAAGGGGCUUCACAUCCCCUUUACACUUGUGAUUUACAUAGUCACAA